AUGGCUGCAAUCAAUCCUAUGGACUUUUUGCUUUGGUUGUCCGAAGAGCUGGAAACGAGAGAUUGGGACUCAGCUUCUGUUGGAACACAAAUGGGCCUUGCCAUGAACUUUGUUUUCUUACUUGCGCGCGCGAAUUCAGGAUCCUCAACCUCAAGUGACGAUAUUUUCAGCGAUGAAACCAGUUCAGGGUGGCUAUCAUUCUUGGUCUAUCCGCUGGUAUGGACCCUCGUCGCUUUCUCGUUUACCAAUGCUUUCUACACAAUUACACGAACGCGCAAGUACCGACUCUUUCUGGCCAAGGUCGACAAGCCGCUUUCAACGCCUUCUGCGCGACGUGUGAAAGUAAACCAAUCGAGCGCAUCGCCUUCUACGCCCCUGAGCUAUCUCGCCAAUCUGAUAACACCAGAAUCUGCCGAGUCGCGAGCCCACCCAGAUAAGACAUCAGAUGUCUGGGAGCUGUCAGUCUGGGAUCCUUUGCCAGUUUCCUUGCGUCUGGCUUGUCUCUUUGGCCCUGGACAUGUUUUGGUGUACAUGAUUUUCCUUCCUCUGGCUCCUCUUGAUCCCCGACCAAGCGUGACGGUUCUGAAUACACUAGUUCUGCAGGGCCUUAUUUCCGCUCAGCUUCUCUUCUUCUGUUCUCGAUUUGCGCAACAAGCAAAGGAUAAGGCCGUGAUUCAGGAGCAAGUGAUGAAAGAGUACGAUACCAAAUUUGUCCAUCCCCGUCUUCACCCUACAGUCCGCGAUAUCGGCACACAGUUCUCAAUAGACCAGCCCGACGACUAUCAAGAAUUUGUGCAGACUGGAACUCCUACGGUUCAGAUCCGUCAUGGUUUCCAGAUCCACUCUAACCCAUACACUGGAACGGAUCAUACCCCUGAGGAACGAUCCCUCACCCCAACCUCCAACAACGUAAUGAAGCCUCACAUGUUCACGCCUCCCACAGCAACUCGACGCUCGGAAGCUUUUAGACCCGCUACCAGCCAGAGGGGCACCGCACCUCGUCAUAGUUUGCCCGCAGGCUACACUUCAACUGGUACAUCCUCAGGAGUUCAAGGAAUGAGCUUUGGUGGAAACAUGGGCAUUCAUACUCAUAACAAGUCACCCCUCAAGAAGGCCACCAGCCUUAAUGAACUCAAUCCUCAGGAAGCGGCAUCUCCGCGUAAUUCUCGGGAAAUGGCAGCUUAUGAGCAACGAAACUGGGGAGCAGCAACACCGUCGAAAAAGGUUGACAGUCGUCGACUGACAGGUUCAAGACCUAAUGGAGGCGGCAACCCCUUUGCUGGAUUGGUUCGGCAACAAGCACCCUCGGAUAAUCGUCAUCCGCGAUGGGCAGCAUUGUCUGACCAUCCUUCCCUGCCUUCACAUCCGCAGAAUCUCCCUCAACGCAUGGAAGAUUCCGGGAGAAGACUAACACUUGGAGAUUUGGGUAUACGAGCUAAGGAAAGACAGGAACCUGCUCGGAGUGCCACAUUAGGGGAUGUGGGAGAUUGGUUCAGGAACAAGCUUCCAAGUCAUCGUCCAGAAAGAGGAGGGACAUUGAGAAAUAACGGGGUUUGGGAAAACGGAGAGGCUGCUGGCAAUUAUUCAGCUCAACUUCAACACAAAGUCAACAAUCGAGCACCAGCACAACAGCCCUCUGCCUCAAAUCGCCGAGGGGGCCAACGCAGCAGAAAAGGGGGUUCGGAUCGCCUUGUGGAUUGGAACACACCAAAGAACUUAAGUGAAGCAGUGCCUGAACCAAAGCCCGCAUCUAGAAGCAAAGGGAAUGGGCCUUCACUGCCGCCUCAUCGUAGAUGGAAUGACUUUGGUUCCCUGAGAAUAAGCAAGAAGCGCGGUCAGAAGAAGCCGAGUGGCAGUAUAGAAGCCGAGAAGGACAAAGGGAAACAACCCAUGAGGCGCUCCUCCAGGGCCCAGUCCUUCGCGGCAGCCAUUCAAGGAACACCUAGCAUAUUGGAAGUUCUAGAAGCCAAUCGAAAGGCAAGGAGAAAAGCCCGAGAGGACCGGGAAAGUCUGAGAGAGAGCGGAGAUUACUUGGGCGUCCAAGGUAUCAAUCCGCAGACUGGUAUUCUUGAUCUUACAUCGGACAGCGGAGAGAGCAUCCUGAGCUCGGAAACUGAACAAAAGCUACUGGCCCUGGAGGCACAGGCCAAGAACGCUUUAUCAGCUGCCGGAAGAAAGGAGGCCGAGGUCGAAAUCGUCAAGGUACAUCUCGACCAUGAAGUUGCGAAGACACGACGACAAGAGAAAGCAGAAAAACAACUGGCAGCUUCUGCCACUGGCAAAUGGCGAAGGGGGACACACCAGUGGUCGUCGGUUCAGGAGCCUGAUUUGAGCCCCAUUGCCCAAUCACACAGAAGUACUUCAGUAUUCUCAAGGCGCCCGUCACACCGAGACUUAGAUAUGGCAAAGGAGGAAGGGCUCAUCGACUUAGACCUUCCGCUUCAUCACAAUGACUCAAAGCAACCUUCCGAUGAAGAAUUCCCACCUGUUGUGCAACCCAAAGAAAGCUCGCACUCAUCUGACACGGUCAUCAAAACCCCCCAUCGACGCAGCCUGGCGAAUCCGUCUCCUGCGGCCUUGGAGCUUUUCGAGAAUGACAUAAGUUUCCAUAACCCAAUCGAGCCCAGGCCAGACAGAGAUCAGAUCCCAAAGUCUUCCCUUGAACCCGCGCAUGAUGAUACACAAAUACAAACGGCUUUGAACGAGACACAGCAUCUGCAGGGGAACAAGAAGUUCCACGAGGCGGGCGGACCACUGGCGGACCACAGAAACCAAAACAAAGGCUCCAAGUCUUUUUUAGAGAAGGGACCAGAAGGGGAAACAGAACCAGGAGGAACCCAGACACUUCGGAUUUCAAUCAGCAAGAACUCUUUGCUAGAUCUCUCGAUGAUACCAAACCUCACAGCAUCCAACCACAACAGCCACUUACUAGAGAAGAGCAAGAUCGAGAUACGAAGCCAGCACGAGAACAACAUUCCAGAAAGCUUCGUGCAAGAUUUGACGAUCACCCACGAGAAAUCCACUACCCCCCUGACAACAUUGGAACAAACCGCAUCGAGUUCCCUAGAAAACCAGUGCCAACACACUCAAGCCUCGACAUACCAUCAGCAAGUCUCGACAGGACGCGCACUGAACAGUUCAACGCCGUCUCCAACAGUCCUACUGCUCCAGCGGCGGACAUUGAAAGCUGGGAUCACAAACGGCCCACUACCCCAAAGCGAGGUAGAGCGGUCAGCAACUCGAGAUCCCCUCACCGCUCCUCCGUUUCUCUCGAAAGAAGCGACAGUCAACGAGAAGCUGCAACAUCUACCUACGAUUACCAGGGAAAUAACACAAACAAACCAACAAACAAUCAAAGUGACUCAUCCCCAAUUCUUGCAUCAGGUCCAUACGAAACCCGAGACCAAAGAUCAUACAGCCAAGCAGGUUUGGACGCAGAGCGCGAAUCACGACAUCACGAAUAGGUACGAGGUCAAGGGGGCGUCUGCAUCCACAAACACCACCAUCAUUACUGGGUGCGGCCAGAUAACAUCGAAAUACCCCCCCAAGAGAGGUCAAGAGGCCGGAAAGGGUCUACAGCGCAAGCGCAGGCUCAACCGGGUAAUCCACAACCUGAAGAGAUUUGGCACAACGCCAAACAGCUUGGAAGCUUCCCCAGAGAAUCGUGGACUGAGUGCAUUGCCGAAAUCGGCGUCCGUGGAAAGGAUUCAAGCGACCGAUACUAUAUCGGAGAGUCCUCUCGAGGAGUCGAGAAAACAACCACAAGCACAAGGGUACAACACCAUGGGGAAAUUACCAGAAGUGCCAGCAACGCAGCACCGAUGCAGCAGUUUGUCAACAUCCACUUGCACAAUGGACGUCAAAAACAGAGAAGAGGGGGAGAAAAGGCAGAACAUUCCUCAGAAAGCCAGCGUUCAAUUGAGCAAUCUGGAUCUUCUAUCUCAAAUAUACAUGCCAGGAGUCAGCAAUCAAGCAACGGAUCCAGGGAUUCACGUGCCAGGCAGUCUUCCAAGACAUUGGAACGCCGAAGACGGCAUCGCAGAUCUUUCCAGUAAUAGAUCUCAACAGGGUGUGACGGGAGGAUUGUGGGAUGCUAUCAAGGAGUUUCUGUGUACGAUCAAGGGGUACAACAUACAGUUUUUGAGAUUGUACUGGAAAGCGGUGAAGCCUGUCUUUGAUUACAGCUCUCCGUAUUGGAGAGCUACCGAUCGAGACAACGAUGGUUGGACAGAUUUGGCGAGUACUUGUCUCGCAUUACCCCUUGUAUUCGGGCUGUUGGUGAUAUUAGUAUGGGGUAUGGAAUUAACGGCAAUCACAAUGAAGUGCAGGGAAGCGGAUUGGGAUUGUUUAGUUGACGAGGCACUGGCAAUGUUUCGGCGGAGCUUGACCGGAGUAUACAUGGACGACUAG